AUGCCAAAAAAUACAAAAGGUUCACCAUACGAUGCUAAAUUAGUUUCUGUAGAGCCGCUAGAACAAGGAAAAUGGAUUCAGACCCGUAAAUUGAACUACAAAGAUCCAAGGGGUAACGACAGAGUAUGGGAAAUGGCCAUUAGGACAACCCGUUCGGAAACUACUGAUAUUGAUGGUGUCGCUAUAGUGGCUUUGCUCAAUCAUCCAAAUAAGAAGAAGGAGAUCGUAUUGACGAAGCAAUUUAGACCUCCGGUUGGGGCAGUCGUUAUUGAGUUGCCAGCAGGAUUAGUCGACCCAAAGGAAAGUGUUGAAUCUACUGCUGUUCGUGAAUUGAUAGAGGAAACUGGUUAUCAUAGUACUUUUAAUCAUCUGACAGAUUCCAUGGCUGAUUUGGUAAGUGAUCCAGGUUUAACUAAUGCAAACAUGGCAAUUGCCUACGUUGACGUAGACUUGACAAAACCUGAGAACGUCACUCCAAAACCUCAAUUAGAAGAAGGUGAAUUCAUUGAUUCAUUUUCCGUUCCACUUGAGGACUUGGUUAAAGAAUUACAUCGUUUAGUCAAAGAAGAAGGAUGUGUAGUGGAUGCAAGAUUGUACCAUUUGGCUGUGGGUAUUGAGCUUGCGAAAUCACUUUAA